UGGAAACAUACUUCAGGCAAAAAAAAAAUAAAAAAACAUUUAAUGGCCUUGCAGGCAGGGGCGUUGCCUGUUGCGUAAGAACAUCUUGCUCUUUAAAAAGAAGCUCUGCAUGUUUGAAUUGUGAGUAUCUCGCUCAUUUGCAAGCUGCAGGGCCGCAGGAUGAAAAAGAAGCUGAUUCUGGAUGUGGACACGGGGGUGGAUGAUGCCCAGGCCAUCAUGAUAGCCCUGGCCGCACCCAAUGUGGAGAUAUUGGGGAUAACCUGCUGCCAUGGCAACACCCCCCUGGAGAACGUCCUGAAGAACACGCUCCGGGUUCUGAAAGUCUGCAACAGGAUGGAUAUUCCAGUGUACCCUGGAUGCGCCAAGCCGUUGCUGUCCGACAUGAAACACGCCAGCGAUUACCACGGAAAAGACGGGCUGGGGGACGUGCCUGAUCCAAAUGGUCCGGGACUGGAUCUGUUGCAGGAAAAAAAAGGUGUCCUGGCUUUGGUGGAAAUGAUCGAUAAAAACCAAGGCGAGGUGACUCUGGUGGCCACGGCGCCACUGACCAACCUCGCCGUGGCCGUGCAGCAGGACCCUGGCCUUCCCCAGAAGCUCAAGGCUCUCUACAUCAUGGGAGGCAACGUCGAGUCCAGGGGGAACACCACCAUAUGCGGGGAGUUCAACUUUGCGGCCGACCCUGAGGCCGCCCACAUCGUGCUGGAGCGCUACACCUGCCCCACCUACAUCGCCUCCUGGGAGUUCAGCUGCAGGAACAGCCUGCCGUGGGCUUUUUGUGACGAGUGGCUGGCCGCUCAGACUCCGAAAGCUGCCUUCAUGAGAAGUAUUUCAAGCUUGUCAAUGGAGAAAGCCAAGUCGGCAGACUACCAGAAAGAAAUCACCACGGGAAAAGGGUUCAAUGCUUGCGACGCCUACGCUUUGGCCGCCGCCAUCGAUGACACGUACAUCACAGACAGCGAGGAGGUGGCAGUGACGGUGGAGUUGCAAGGGGCCUAUACCCGGGGCAUGAUGGUGCUGGACUACAUGGAACACCUGAAGAAGAAACACAAGGUCGUCAUCAUGAAAACAGUGGACUUGGAGAAGUUCAAGCAGAUGCUUGUGAGGGCACUGAUGUAAGAGGCUUGCGCUACUGUAGCAAGACCCAAUAAAAUCCAAUAAACAAAAACAAUGCUUGGAAGUUA